AAUGCUGCAACCAGCGCUUUUCUCAUAAUAUGUUUAUGUGUGUAGACUAUGGGCGUAGCCAGGAUUCUAUUUAGGGGGGGGAGGGGGUGCAUACUUAAAUUGAGUAUUUCACAUUACAAAUUGAUAUUAUCCGAUCAAAACUAGUUAUACGGCCGAAACCAAAACAUCCACUUAAGGUCACUUAAAACUUAGUUUGAAAAUUUAUUGAAAAUUAUAAAUUAUUAUUAUUAAUUAAUAUUUAUUUGAAAGUUAUCUUUGAAAAUUUGGUAUGAAGCCCCAAAGACCUGCCGCUCAGCUAGGAGGGGCCAUGCCCCCCCUUGCCUGUACCGCGCUACGCCCAUGGUCUAGAUCAUUAACUCUUGCUACCUUCCAAAGCCACCACAGUCCAAACUCCAUAGUUGGCUACUUAGUAUGGUAUGAGUAUAGAUUGUCAUACAAAAGCCUCUAUAUAAUGAGAUGUAAACAAUGAAACAUUCACAACAUCAGUGGUGAAACAAAGUAAAUGUUAAAAUGGCUAAAAAUGCUAAUAAAUCACACAGUUUAUUUGAUGAGGAUUUCUUUGAUGACUCCUCACUUUUAGCAAACUUUGAUAAUUCGGAUUUCAAGGAAAGACUAGAUCCCAAUGAUAAUGCAGAUAAAAGUCUUCUUAAUGUCAGUGCUCUGUGUUGUGAUGAAGAAAUCAGUGGGUAUGACAAGAUCACAGGCCAGACAUGGGCAUACCCCACUAACUACCCCAUACGAGACUACCAGUUCAACAUUAUCAAUGCUGCUAUCUUGAAAAAUACACUUGUGAGCCUCCCAACUGGGUUAGGUAAAACAUUCAUAGCAGCAGUGAUUAUGUAUAACUACUAUCGAUGGUAUCCUUUGGGCAAGAUUGUGUUUACAGCACCUACUCGUCCUCUAGUGGCCCAACAGAUUGAGGCCUGCUACAAGAUAGUUGCUCUGCCCCAUAAGGACACCAUUGAAAUGACAGGUCACAUGCCAGUCAACACAAGGAAAUCCCACUGGCAAACCAAAAGAGUAUUCUUUGCCACACCCCAGGUUGUGUACAAUGACAUCAAGUCAGGUAUAUGUCCUGGAGAGAAAAUAAGGUGCCUUGUUGUAGAUGAAGCACACAGAGCGAAAGGAAAUUAUGCAUACUGUCAAAUAAUAUCCACAUUGACUGACAUGGGACAUACUGUGUACAGGGUGCUUGCUUUGUCCGCCACACCUGGAAGUAAGCUUGAAGAUGUUAUCAAUGUGGUAAAAAAUCUACACAUCGCUCAUUUGGAGCUGCGAUCAGAAGGCUGUAUAGACGUGGCAUCCUAUAGCCACUCUAGAAAGAUAAACACAGUAGUCAUAUCAUUGGGUGAAGAACUUACACUGUUACGGAAACAAUAUGUUGAGAUUAUGGAUCGUUACGCUAGAAGACUUCAACAGUUCAACAUUUUGCCGCAAAAUUUAGGAAAUUUAUCGAAAGGACGAGUUUUGAUGCUCUAUAAGGAAUAUCAAACUAAAGAUCGCACUGCAAGACAUCCCCAGCACAAUUACAUAAUGAAAGAUUUCACAUUAAUUAUAUCACUGUACCACGGCCUGGAGCUGCUCAUGAAACACGGAUCCAGAGUUUUCCUUAAUUUCUUUGAUGAACAUCCAGAGAAGUCUUGGAUUCAAACUGAUGAUAACCUUACAUCUUUGCUUGAACGCUUGCGUGACGACCUCGGAAUUGAUCCGCUAUCUUUAGACAGGAGUGUCCUACCUGACGGUACUAUACCAGAAAUGCCAAAGGAAUUAAGUUACGGUCACCCCAAGUUUUACAAACUAAAAGAAAUUAUAUUGGAUCAUUUUAAUAAUGCAAAGAAAAAUGAACAAGACACAAGAGCUAUAGUAUUUUGCGAGUACCGAGAAAGUGUGAAUUUAGUCCACUGUUUGCUACUGCAACUUCGACCGCUUAUAGUCCCGCAGAUGUUUGUGGGGCAAGGUGCUUCCGGCAAGAACGGCAAGGCGGUGGUUUCUCAGAAGCAGCAACUGCGCGUGAUGCGUAGCUUCAGGUCGGGCGAGUGCAACACGCUGGUGUGCACGUGCGUCGCCGAGGAGGGGCUGGACGUGGGCUCCGUCGACCUCAUCAUCUGCUUCGACAUCUCCACGCGCUCGCCCGUGCGGCUCGUGCAGAGAUGCGGUCGCACUGGACGCGAGCGAGGUGGACAAGUACACAUUUUGGUCACAGAAGGCAGAGAACAUCAGACUCUGCUGGACUGUAUGCGGCAAAGAGAUGGUCUGAACAAGAAAAUUUUGCAGUCAAAAGAAGUCGAAAACAACUUGUACAAGUUGAACCCUCGCAUGGUACCUCGUGAUUUUAUGCCAAAGUGUCAGAAAAUGUACAUAACGGUCCCGAAUAGUGACAAUAAAGAAGAAGGCAAAGCAGAUAAUGUUAAAUCGAAAAAAGGACAAAAAAAUUUAAAAAAUAUGUUAUUAGAUAGAGCAUCUACAAGUAAAGUUCCAACAGAAACAAUUCGUGCACAAACCAAAGAGCGACAAACAAUUGUAGAAUUGGAUGAGAUACCAGCAGAGCAGAAACACACUAGAGGAGGAGAUUUGCCAACUACUACCCAAAAUUCAACUCCCGAUUCCCAAGAUGUAUUUAAACGCAGAACUACUACUUCGCCGCUCAAAACAAAACUAACUAAGAGGAAACAGAAAGUGACACUAUCAAAGUCUCCCGGUAAAAAUGGUGACAUAAGGGCUUUAUUUAGCACGGCUACCAAAUCGACAAAAAGCUACACAAAAUUAAUGAGUGACUUGGAUAUUGACAGUAAUCUGCCUACACGAAUUAUCAGCAUCUUGGUUGAUUUAACAGUAGAAGAAGCAAAUUCUGCAAAACAAUGUUAUUUCUGUCAGAAUGCUUGUAACUGUUUGAUGUUACAAAAGUAUAAAUCGGAAAAGUCGCUGUCUUUAGAUUUGAUGGCAGAUAAACUUUACUUACCAGACAUAAACUUAAUUGACAAUUUAAACGCCGAUAUGUUAUUAAAUUAUAUGAAAAGUAAUACAGAUAGCUCACUAGAUUCAUUAUGUGAUGAAAAUAAACCUAAACCACAAUGCAAUGCUGAGACAGCUGAUAAUUUCGAUUUACAAUUUGAUUUUGAUUCAAUAAGCAAUUCACCCAAAGAAGACAAAGUAACUCCUAAAACGGACGUCGGUGAUAUAGGUGUGGGAAAAAAUUUUGACAUAGGUGAUUUGGACGACAUAUUUGCCGAUAGUAGUUCCCCUGAAGUUAAGAAAGAUGAUCAAAAUAUGAGCGAUCCAAACAAGACAUUAGAAUAUUUUGGAUUGGAUAAUUUUGAAGAUAUUUUUGCAGAAUCUGAUGAUGAAGCUUCAGAAAAAAAGGUAAAAAAUAAAACAUCGUUUAAUGAUAAUUCAAGUGGAAAGAAAAAAAUGCCUGAUAGUUUAAUAGAAAAGUCAGUCGAAAUAGUUGAAACAAAUCCAAAUUCCCUUGUGAAUUUACGACCGCUAAGCCCUUCUAUAUUAUCUGGCCGAACUAAACGAAUAGAUAGGUCAUUCACAUCACCUAUUCUUUGUAGUCAAAGCAAUACAUUUAAAAACACGACGAUAAGUAAUAUUCAAAGUUCUACGCCAUUUUCUAACGUGAAAAGAAAAUUUAAUUUAGGAACACGUAAAGUUGCAAAAACACCUGAAGUAUCUCACACAACUUUACAUAAUGACUCUAAGGAGACUACUAACAAAAGUAUGUUUACGAUAACACAGCUUGUAAACAUGAUAAAUCAGCCAGAAAACAAAACUCCCGUGCUAAAUAACAAUAAUAAUUACAAUGAAAUCGUUUCCGAGACAUCAAAGACAUCGAAUAAUGUAUCUGAUAGGAGCUCGUCACCAAUCCUUUUAACUCAGGCAAACAAAGUUAAAAGUGUAAAUAAAUCUAUUAUCUGCAAAGAUACUACAGAAACCAAAACACCCGAAAAAUUGGAAAUGUCGCCGAUAUUAUUGACUCAACAAGAUAGAAAGAAGAAGGAAUCGUCUAGAGUACCAGAACAAAAUAAAUCUAAUUCCAUACUGAAUACUACGCCUAGUAUUGUUAUUCCUGAUAGUGACAGUGAUUUUGACGAUAUUGUGGAGAUUGACGAUGAUAUCUUAAUUAAAGAUGGAAACAAGACUAAUCGCACACCUAAUAAAAGAAAACAUUGCGACGAAGUCGAUGAUGUAAUAACAGCUUCUCCAUAUUUUAGCAAAAAACAGAAACUUGACGGGAAUCGUAGUCAAGCUAUGACUUUGCAAGAAAAAGUACUUGCAGCGCUUACUUCUAACAAAUUUGAUUCAAUUAAUAACGAUUAUCAGACCAAUGUUUUGCUUCACUCACCAACAUUUAAGGUUCAAAAAGAAAACAAAGAUCCCUGCCCUUUCAAUAGUCCCGACAAAGAAAGCGACGGUGAAAAACUUCGAAAUAAUCUAGCAAAGUUACAACUAUUCCGUCGUGAAAGCAAACUUAGCCCAAGGAAGUCUGUUAUUCACGACAGUACAAAUACGUCACACAGAUCUGCGCAAAAAGAAAUAUAUGAUGACAGUGAUGAUGACUUUGUUGAUAAAAAAUCCACGAGGAAACACAAAUCAGACCACAAUAAUACUGAAAAGCAUAAAGUCAAAUACAAAAAGAAGAAAAAAAUAAAGAAAGCGCAGGAAUUUUUGGAUUUAGAGGCAGAGUUGUCAGAUGAUGGUAGCGCCAGCGGUGACGAGUUGUCGGACGAGAGUGUGGGAAGCAUUAUCGACUUCAUCUGCGAUAAAAACACCUCAUUUGAUGACGACGAUAUGCAUGCACUGUAUUUGAGAUCAGUCAAAAGUCCAGUCAAAAAUGGUGUUUUCAAAAUACCGCAAUUACCAAAUAUGUACGACAAGCAGGAAGUACUGUCACAGUAUGUUGAAGAAGAUGCUUAUGAAAUGGACAGUUUCUGCGUAGACUCUCAUAUUGGAUUAACUCAACACAACGAGCUGUCAGAGUUAGAACUCGCUGAGAAAAGGUUAAAGGAAGAAAAGAAACGCAGAAAAACAUCUAAAACAGUACCAAAUGAUGAUGCCGAUAGUCCAAUAGUUAGAAGAAAACGAAAAAAUGCUAAAAGACAAAUACGGAGCGAUUCGGAAGAUAGUACUUAACAUUCGUAAAUUAAAUCCGUACUGGUCGAAGAUCCUGCAUUAGAAAUAUAUACCCUCAUUUGUUAUUUAUUUUAUUUUAUUUAUUUAUUUGUAAUCACACCGUUACAGUACAUGAUUAUUCGAAUACAUAUAAACUUAUACCUAAGGCCACAGAGAUUACAACAGGUAUUGAUUAUAUUGCAAGGUUACAUACAAUACUUAUUUGUGAUAAGAAAUAAAUACUUACCGGGCGCAAUUUAACUAGGCAACCUAAUUGCAAUUGUGUCAAUGUGAAUAUUUACUAUCAUUUAUUUUUUAUCCCAAAUAAAUAACAGAUGAGGGUAUAUAUUCCUUAUAUCGGAUUUCAUAAUCUAUCAGUAUUGGACAUAUCAAACUACAUCGAUAUAAAUCGCUAGAUGGGCCCCUUCAUAUUAAAGAACGCUCAAUUUUAUGUCAUUACCCAAAGACGUACGCACAUCUUAUCUUAGUACGUAAAAAGCGCAUGCUGUGAGUGGACGUGGACUUAAUAAAAUAUUUACUGUUUUUCUUAUUUUAAUCCCUUAAUUAUGCCUUCGUGUUCAUUUUGGAAGUGUAAAAACAAGCCACAACAUGAAUAAAGAGAAAUGUUUUACGAGUGAUGACGUACUCCAUGUGUGAAACCAAUGACAAUUCCGCGACGCGUUGAGGCCUAUUUAACGAUAUACGAUCGAUGUCAAACUAUCGAAAGAAGAUAAAUCAUUGAGGGUUGAUGUUAAAAAUAUUUGUUUCUUUCCACUACGAUUAAAACCAAAAUUUGUAGAGAUAUUUGCAGCGACGACCUGAUGUUUCUUAUUCCCGUUUCUUAUUAAAUAAACUGCAAAUUUAAAUUUAGCUUUAUUCUUAAUACAUUGAUGUUUGUUUUAAAGUUAGUACGUAUAUAGGCGUUACUUCGGUGAAUUAAUAUAAUUCUGGACAUAUCUUGCUUAUUGUAUUAUUUGUAAAUAAUACUUUUUUAUAAAUUAAUUAUUGUAUGUGCGAAUCGUUCCGCAUCUCAGACCAAUUAUAGAAGGACCUGUAUCACACUCAUAGUCACGAACAAAAUUGUCUGUCAUUUUCUGAGGAAAACGAGCUUAGAUUUGGUUAAAUCCUAUACUAAACUAGAAGUUUUUGCCCGUUUUUUUACACAAUUCAAUUACACAAAAAGGUAUUUUUACGGAGCUCUAACCGACGAACACGAUUACAACUAUUUAACAUCGAUUCUAUAGAGGCAGUUUUUAUAAUCGCAUUAGAUCGUUGAUCAUAUACUUUGACAGAAAAGUAACGUCUAGCGAGGCAGGUCCUAUACAAUAAUUGGUCUGAGUUCCCCAUAAGUAAAAAUUGAAGUAAAGUACUAUUUGAAAUAUUUCAAGUUUACGUGAUAUCUAAUUAACGUUUAAAGACUGGUUAAAUCUCUAUUUUCUAGAAUGCCAAUAUUUUAUAUAAUAUCCUGUGAUACUAGAAAUAUAAUAGUAAAUACCUAAAUAAUAUUUUUGCUAGUGAUAAACUUGCAAAAAUAUUUUUUGUUAUUGUAUAAUUUUAUUUAGGUAUUACGUAUUGAGAGUGACUCGUUCACGGAUUGUGUAAAUUGAGCGCCAAAUAUUAUGUGAAUCUCAUGUUCCAUUUUUAUUAUUAAAGUUUUUUUAACCGACUUCAAAAAAAAGGAGGAGUUUCUCAAUUCAUAUAUAUCAACGCUUUUUUUGUGUGAAAGAUCAUACUUCGAGAUUGGUCCCAUUUAAUUUUCAUAAAAAUCAGUUUAGUCAUUUUGUGUUAAAAUCAAAAUACGUCUUUGAAGUCUUUUCCAUUUUUAUUUUAAAAAGAUCAUUUUUGUAUCGCAGAUGAGUCCAAAAAUUUAUUUCUGUAAACUGAAUAAUAUUGAUGAUUAAAUGAUAAAGUACUGUUCGCGUUAUAUAGAUUUGCAGUCCCCAAAAGUUCAUGUAAAUAUGUUAGACCAGGCGCUUCGAGGAGUUGAAUGUGCAUAAUAUGAAGACCGCAUUCUGUUCACUGUUUUGUUCUUAUGAUUCUGGUGCAUUGGACCAAUAUCUUUGGGUACAACUCCUCAAAGCGCUUGGUCUAUGUGGUUCGUAUGUAACUUCACAUAAAUUGAAAUUACAAGAAAAAAAAACAUCAUUGCGCAUCGGUAGAUAUUUGAAAACCAAACUUAACGGUGGCAUAAUUACAUGACGUGAACUGUACAUUUAAUAACUGAAAUGUCUAAUUUAUAAUGUGUAUAAUUUGUAAAAAAAAUAAGUGGAUAUUAGUGAACUCGCCAUUCUCACAAGUCACAAAACGGCAAGUUUAUGGGAAUGGAAUAUUAUAACGUGUAAUUUUAUGUUUUGUACAAUAAAUAAAUAAAUAAAAGCAUCAUGAUUUUUGAGACAUUACGUUACAUGACAUUACAUGAUUUUUAUAUAACACGUGUUAUACAAUAAUUUAAAUAUAACUUAUUUUUGCAUA